UCGGCGUAAUUGAGUGCAUCGACGACGAAGCUUAGACGCUAAGGAUGUUCGUCGUCGCUAUUGUCGAUUUCGAUUCCCUCGAAAUGGCCACAGUGGUCUUGAAUGAGAUUUGCAAAGAAUUAGUAUAUUUAUAAUUGCAAGCAGAACAUGAACAGAUAUUUUAUUAGGUUUUCUUAUCUUGGUACGCAGUACAGCGGAAUGCAAAAGAAUGUAAUGCGAAACAAUUUUAUGCUGCAAGACCCAGACACUAUUCAGGGAGCUUUAGAAUGUGCUUUUUCAACAUUGCUACCAAAGUGUGCAAGUUGGCCAAAAGUAACUCCCUCUAGCAGGACCGAUAGUGGUGUACAUGCUUUGUAUGCUUCGGCUCAUGUUGACUUAGAAAACAAGUAUGAUUGUAUCCGUAAUUCCAACGAAGUGCUUAUGUUUGUAAAUCGCUACCUAUCUAAAUGCGACCAUGACAUUAGACUAUUGGAGGUUAUUCCUGUGACGCAAAAGUUUCACGCUAGAUACUUUGCAAAAUCUAGAACUUACAUUUAUAGAUUUAUGGUAGCUAAGGAUUCCAAUGAGCAGAGAAUUCCUAUAGCAGAAAGAAAUCGAACCCACUUUCUUCGAACGGAAUAUUUUGAUAUAGAAAAAAUAAAAUGUGCAACGUCGUUAUUUAUGGGAACAAAAGACUUUACAACAUUUUGCGCACAGACGAAAUUGAAGGACCGAAAGAUUUAUGUACGGUCGCUACAAAAGUUAUGCGUAGAGGACAGCCAGCCCUUUAUGUUAGUUGACCCUUUAGCACAACAUUUUAAUUAUUGGAAUAUUAUAUGCAGUUCAAGAUCCUUCUUGUAUAACCAGGUCAGACGAAUAGUAGGAUCCUUGCUAUGCUUAGGCAUGGGAGUAAUAACAGAAAAAGAUAUAACUACUAUGUUACAAGUGCCUACCCAUAAGAAUUGGCCUGGUCAAAUAAAACUAGCUCCACCACAUGGUUUAUAUCUAGCGAAUGUAGAGUAUUGUCAAGAAGAAUUAAAUGAACACACUAUAAAACACGAAGAAAUACCUCUUGAGAGCAAGGUAGUAGUGCCAGUAAUGUAGAUAAGGAAGCAUAAUAAACGUACAGAAAUAAAAACUAAAUAAAUUAAGGUUUUAAUAAAUUUAUUUUUUUUUUACUCUUGCUUAACGUUAUUCGUUUAUUAACAAUGAGUCUAGCAGAUCUGAU